AUGACAUCGCCUCCUCCUCCUUUCUCCUUCGAUCGUCUAUGCCUCCGAUUCCUCUCUCCUUCGAUCAUCUACGCCCUUGCCCCUGCUUCCUCUCCUUCGAUCAUCUACGCCUCUUCCUCCUUCUCCUUCUUGGCUCUUCUCCUUAUUUCCUCAUAUCUUCUUCUUUGUCAACAUAAGCUGUUUGUUCAAAACUAUGCUUGUUAUGAAGAUGAGAUUUUCAUUUGA